AGUGCAAGGAAUCCUUAUUGGAGAAUGAUUCUCCUUCUUCUUCAAUGGGAGCAAUCUCCGGCGAGAUCCGCCGCCGUUGCCACGGUGAAGUUUCCCGAUCAACGGCAUAGCAGCAGCAGUAAUCGUAAUACAGGAUGGUAAAUAAGGCCGAAUUUAGAGCGAAAGGAAUGAAAGCGAGUCCCCGAGUCUCACCGGCCAAGAAGUGUGGGUAGCGUAUGUAAGGUUCCAAAGACCAAACAUAAUAAUCCAUAAAAGACAGAAUAGAUUCCAAAUUGCUAUUAUUAUUCCUCGCACCCCACUUGACUUGAUUCCCACGCCAUCCUGGCAAAUAGAAUCUCACACACACAACACAAACUGCCAAUUACCUACUUGGGAGGAUAGGGUUUGAAGGGCCUCGAUAGUGAUGGACAUGUUACACUCCAUAACCACUUGGGAUUGUUCGUGUCAUCGUGUGAGAGAUGUCUUGAAACCGUUUUUACGAAUAAUUGUAUUAGAGAUUGAAUCAACGGUUAGAUAUACGAUAGUGAGAUCGUAUAAGGAUUGGGAAGAGAGUCAAUUAUAUCUUUGUCGGUUUGUCAUUAGCAAGUUCAUGCUUCGCGUUGAGGUCACUAGGUCUGACGAGGUCCUAUAGAAGCCUGUUGCGACUGCGAUGGGUCACCUCAUUCGCGAGAGAUGAUGGUACGCUCUUUGAAGAAGAAGAAGAAGAAGAAGAAGGAUUGCAUUGGUGGCAACUAUAUUUGACAAGUUGAGCUCCAUAUUGAUCCACGUGCUUCCAUUGAAACAUUGACGAAGAAAUCGAUCUUCAAUCGUGCUGGAAUUCUAUGUUGAUCCACGUGCUUCCAUUGAGACAUUGACGAAGAAAUCGAUAUUCAAUCAUGCUGGAAUUCUAUGACGAUUGCAAGAACUUAGUGAAGAACGACGACUGCCGAUGCCACGACUAUGCUUGUUGGUUCAGUCAAAUUUCGAAGUGGUUUUGCUGUCGUUUUAGCCUUUAGAUAGCUUGCUCUUCAAGAUUGGAUAAUUUCAUGUAGUUCCAAGUUUACCUCUCUAUAUUCCCUACGAAUCCUUUCUCGAUUUUUCCGUUAUGUGGGAUUUUUGUAUACUGGGCUAGACCUUCUAUGCAAAUCUUCAACAGACCCAACCUCAAGUUUACCUGAAUAUGCACUUCAACAGAACCGUUUAUUGCUAGAGCCUAGAGGAUAUAUCUGAUCCGAACCGUAAGAUGCAUUCAGUGGUACUGAAUCAGUGAAUCUAUCAAUCUUUUGUUACUUGAUUUGCUCUUUGCAAUCAGAUGUUGAAGUGAUGGGCUUUAGCCCAUUGGCCCAUGCAUUCACGUGGCCAUGUACGUAGGCCUUAGACACCCUAAGCCGAUUCCCUUCUCCCUCAUAUUGGCUAGGGUUUGUAGACUCGUAUAUAUGUAAUAUGUACCUGGUUUUGGAGGAUAAGAAAUACACGAGAACUGCCUUUGUGCCGUGGAUUAGUCUCGACGAUUAUACGUCGAGGAUACCACGUAAAUCCUUGUCUUCCUGUUUCGAUUAUUCCGUUUCGAUUAUAGUUCCGUUUUAGGUUUGUUAACAUGGUAUCAGAGCUGACGAAUAUGGACUCCGAUCAUAUGACGACGCGACUCAACUCAAAGAAUUACGCCAUCUGGGCGUUUCAGUUCCGGACGAUGAUUGAAGGGAAGGGCUUCCUCGGAUUCCUUGAUGGCACGACUGAGAAACCCACCGUUCCGCCUUCGUCCGACCAGGAGCUUUCUAAAUGGCUUCAAACUGAUGCACGAGUACGUUCCUUGCUUUUGAACUCUGUGGAUCCCACUAUCCUCUUGGGUCUCCGUUUGCUUUCCUCUGCCGCAGCCAUGUGGAAGUCACUUGCCGACACCUACGCCUGCACUAGCAACAACCGCCAGUUCGAACUUGAAGUAGAGCUUGCUGCCCUUCAUCAAGGUAACCUUGAUGUUGCCUCAUACUUUAACGCUGCACGUCUUCUUUGGACGGAACAGGACCUCCUGUCCGCAUCUCUUUUGUCACAGCCCUUGCCUGCCGAUGCUCACGCCGAGCGCACCAAGAUCCGGCUCAUUCAAUUCCUGAUGCGACUUCGACCUGAGUUCGAACCUGUCCGGGCUACUUUACUUAAUCAAGAGAAGCUGCAGGUUGAAGGCGUGCUAGGGAGUCUCAUCCGCGAAGAGACAAGGCUUCGUACGCAGGCCAAUUUGGAUGCUAGACCUGGCCAGGGAGAUGUCUCGGCAUUCAGCUCCUUGCGUAUUCCAGGUGCUGCUGGUCACUCCUUUGGUGGCGGUUCUGUUUCUGGUGGUGACAAAAUUUCUGCAGGCGUAAAUGAUGCUCAAGUAUUUGCUGCAUACCGUCCUCAAUUUCAGCGCCCCAAUCUAUCGGAUGUUGAGUGCCACCAUUGUCGGGAGAAAGGCCAUACCAAGAAGUACUGUCGUGCUCGUAAUUUUUGUGUGUACUGUAAGAGGAAGGGACAUAUCAUUGCAGACUGUCGUACACUCCAACGACACAUGAAUGGAGGGGGUCUGGCCGGCGGGAGCAUUGGGAAUAGUGCUGGGUUUCGAAGCUCGAGUUCGGCUGCUCCAACACCACCUGCGCGCCCUGUUUAUGCCACACAGCCUCCCCCGGUAGCAGCCCCUACAUCCGAUGGCAUUCUUGUGACCUCGGCAGCUCUUGAGCAGAUGGUGAACAAGGCAAUUUCCUCCGCAUUUGCCAGUCUUCAAAUCUCGGGUAAGCUCCCUACAUGGAUAUUGGAUUCGGCCUGUUUCAAUCACAUGACGAGUAAUAGUUCUGUUCUUAUGAAUGUUUCUCCGAUCCAUGAUUUGUCCUUACAAGUUGCGGAUGGUACUAAACUACGUGUGUCUGGUAUUGGUUCAGUUGAGGGUCCUUGUGUUCGAUUGCCUGCUACUAUGCAUGUUCCACGUCUGGUCCCUAAUUUGGUUUCUGUAGGACAACUUACUGAACAAGGUUGUCGUGUUGUUUUUGCACCGUCUGGCUGUGUUAUUCAGGACCUGAAGACGGGGAGGGAGCUCGGGAGGGGUAGCAAACGAGGACGUAUCUUUGAGCUGGACAAGUUGGUUACAACCAUGCCCACUUCCCAGCCAUCGUCAUCAUCAUCGAGUUCCACUUUGGUGUCUAGGGUUUCUCCGUUUCCUGUCUUUUCGAGUUUUGGUGAACAAAAUUUUCAGUUGUGGCAUUCACGGUUAGGACAUCCUAAUUCUCGUCGUCUUGAGACUAUGUUUCGGCAAAAUUUGUUUGGUAAAACUCCUAAACUUGGUCGUAUUUCAGAUUUUACUUGUACCAGUUGUGUGGAGGCCAAAACCACUCAGAUUUCUUUUCCUUCGAGCAGUACCGUUAUUCAUGAACCUUUUCAUUUGAUCCAUACUGAUCUAUGGGGUCCGAGUCGGGUUACUUCUCGUCAUGGCUAUAAAUAUUUUGCAUUAUUCAUAGAUCAUGCUACACGAUAUACUUGGGUGUACUUCCUACGUCUUAAAUCUGAUCUUCUUUCCGUUGCCACUGAAUUUCUAAACAUGAUCCAGACUCAGUUUGAUAGGACCGUUCGUGUAGUCCGUUCUGAUCCCGGUGGUGAGUUCAGUUCUUCUCCUCUUCUUAAUCUAUAUAAAUCCCGUGGCAUCCUUACUCACAAAUCUUGUCCUGGUGUUUCACAACAAAAUGGCCUAGUCGAACGUAAGAACCGACAUGUGCUUGAAGUUACCCGAGCAUUGCUUUUAGCCUCCCAUGUCCCCACUUCCUUUUGGCCCGAGGCUGUUUCCACUGCAGUUCGGCUCAUCAACUACCAGAUCACUCCUGUUCUUGACCAAAACAGUCCCUUCCAUCGGUUAUUUUCUAAACCCCCUCCUUACUCUCGUCUUCGUAUUUUCGGUUGCCUCUGCUUUGUGCUCCUUCCUCGCUCUGAGAGAACUAAACUCACCUCAAAGACUGCUCGUUGUGCUUUCCUUGGCUAUAGCGAUGUCUAUAAGGGCUACCUCUGCUACGACCCUAUCCUUAAACGCCUUAGGAUUGCUUGUAAUGUGGUCUUUGUCGAAAACGUGAUGUUCUAUUCUCCAUCUGAGUCGAGUCCUCCCUUGUUCGAUGAGUCAUUGAGUCUUCCUUCCUUCUCAGAUGAUGAUGAUGAUGAUGAUAUCGAUGUUGAUCCGACCCCCGAAGCUCCCUCUCCACCCGUGACGCCUUCAUCGUCUCCUCCUCCAUUGCGCAGGUCUAAUCGCUCUACCCUUGGUCAACCCCCGAUUCGCCACCAGGAUUAUGUGUCGUACAGUGCCGAGGCUAUUCCCAUCCCUACUAGAUUCUCUCAGGCUCAAGGUGACCCUAAUUGGGAUGGUGCUAUGAAUGCCGAGUUUGCGGCUCUCGAUGCUAAUAAAACAUGGUCCAUUGUUCCUCGUCCACCUCCUCCUACUCCGGUUAUUGGCAGUCGGUGGGUAUAUACUCUGAAGUUCUUGCCGGAUGGUACUCUAGAACGAUAUCGGGCUCGUGUUGUGGCGCAGGGAUAUUCUCAGGAGUAUGGUAUUGAUUUUGAAGAGACAUUUGCCCCGGUGGCAAAAAUGGUCUCUGUCCGUUCUCUCCUGGCUGUGGCUUCCAUUCGACAGUGGCCUCUCUACCAGCUCGAUGUCAAGAAUGCCUUCUUGCAUGGUGACCUCAAAGAGACGGUUUAUAUGGAGAUUCCCCCAGGGUAUCCUCACGGGAAUCGGGCCAACCAGGUGUGUUUACUCCAUCGCUCUCUUUACGGUUUAAAACAAGCUCCGCGUGCAUGGUUUGAGAAGUUUCAGUCGACCAUUUUGAGCCUUGGCUUUCAGCAGAGUCUUAAUGAUCCAUCAUUAUUUACUCGACGUUCUUCCCGUGGCUUGGUCGUGCUUCUCUUAUACGUGGAUGACAUGAUUGUUAGUGGGGAUGAUGCAGAAGGUAUUUCGGCUCUCACCAAAGGUCUUCACGAGUCCUUCAGCUUGAAGGAAUUGGGCUCUCUUUCCUACUUUCUUGGCCUGGAGGUUCACCGGUCGUCUAAAGGUAUUCUCCUUUCCCAACAGAAGUAUAUUGAUGAUCUACUUGACUCAUCACGAUUUUCCGACUGUACCCCCGUUUCCACUCCUAUGGAACUUCAUCUUAAGCUGGGGAGGGAAACAGGUACUCUAUUAUCUGAUGGUGGUAAGUUUUAUCGAAGUAUUGUUGGCAGCUUGAUUUAUUUGACAUCAACCAGACCGGAUAUAGCUUAUGCCGUACAGAUUGUCAGCCAGUUCAUGUCAGCUCCUCGUAGUGCGCAUAUGGAUGCAGUGCAUCGGAUCCUACGCUAUCUACAGGGGACCCGCAGUGUUGGUUUGUUUCUUCCGGCUAAUGGUUCAUUUGUACUGCAGGCUUUCUCAGAUUCUGAUUAUGCAGGCUGCAUUGACACUCGACGCUCUACUAGUGGUUGGUGUAUUCGAUUAGGAGAUUCUUUUAUCUCCUGGCGAUGUAAGAAACAGGAUCGGGUCUCGAAAUCGUCAACAGAGGCAGAGUAUAGAGCUAUGUCCGAGGUGACUUCUGAGUUGGAAUGGCUUCGCCGAUUGCUUGGUGAUCUUGGUGUCGUCUGCGAAGUUCCUAUGCAGCUCUACGUGGAUAAUACGAGUGCGAUACGGAUUGCUACGAAUCCUGUUCUUCAUGAUCGCACUAAACACAUUGAGGUACAUGUUCACUACAUCAGAGAUCUUGUUAAUGAUGGUACGAUUCGAGUUUCUCAUAUCACGUCUGAGGACCAGAUUGCAGAUCUUCUGACUAAAGCCUUUACUGCUAGCCGCCACUCCUUUCUCGCUGGCAAAUUGAUGAUGCGAGACCUCCAUCAAUUUGGGGGAGGCUGUUGAAGUGAUGGGCUUUAGCCCAUUGGCCCAUGCAUUCACGUGGCCAUGUACGUAGGCCUUAGACACCCUAAGCCGAUUCCCUUCUCCCUCAUAUUGGCUAGGGUUUGUAGACUCGUAUAUAUGUAAUAUGUACCUGGUUUUGGAGGAUAAGAAAUACACGAGAACUGCCUUUGUGCCGUGGAUUAGUCUCGACGAUUAUACGUCGAGGAUACCACGUAAAUCCUUGUCUUCCUGUUUCGAUUAUUCCGUUUCGAUUAUAGUUCCGUUUUAGGUUUGUUAACAUCAGAAACACUUAUUUUGUCGUGAAAAUUUCCAUAAAUCCCAAAUAAGAGA